AUGAAGAACGACAUUUUUAAUGAAUCAACUUUUAUUGAACCAACAUUGGAUGAUGAAUUAGAUUCACAUUGCUUUGAUGCUAUUGAGCAUGAAGGUCCUCUAGAUGAGUCAACAACAAAGUAUUGUUAUGAUAGAGAUAACAAUUUACACUAUCUCGCGUGCCAAUUAGGCUUUUCACCAUUCGAAUCUCAUGUUCCUCGAAUAAACAUAUUCACAAGCAGAAAUACUGUUGGCCUUGCCAUUAUGGGUUUAUUACAAUCCCAAGAAUUUCAAAUUUCUGAAGUGAAAUCAUACUUUCAUUUUUCAACACACAGCAUCAAAUACGCCAAGAUCUUCAAUAAGUUCAAUUUUCCAAUACAUAUUGCAAUAGAUCCUCAAGAUGAUCAAUGCGAGUUAUUAUACCACCUAAAAUCACCAGUUCUUAUCGUUACAUCAUUCAACAACACAUACAAGGAUUAUCCACACCUACAUGUUAUUAAAGCUCCUCACAUUUAUGGCCCAACAUAUCCUUUUAUUUACGGAGAUCCAAAUGCCGAGUCCAUUCUUGAUGCCUGCAUGAAUAAUCCAUGGCAACUCAAUACUACUAGUCUAAAUCUAUCCCAAGAAUAUGCUUACAGCGGUGAUGUUGCGAUAGAAGUUGUCAAAAUUAUGAAACAAAUUUUGUCAGGCGAAAAACCAGAUAAUUUUUCAGUCAAAACAAUAAAACAAGGAUCUCUUAUAGCAGCCAUCCGUGAUAAGUAUCCCAAAUGCAACAUUCCUCCUGUAGAUUUCAAAUACACACAAGAUAUCAAAACAAAUUUGAAAACAAUGAUAAAAUACAACAAAAAACAGAGAAGAAAACCAACGGAUGUUUAUUUAUCAUGGGUAACAAGUGUCUGUGAUACACCAAGAGUUAUUGAAAGAGCUAAUGAACAGUUAGCUUAUUACGCUGAAUACUUUAAAAGAAUACCAACAUUAUCCAUGGAAUUUGUUUAUGUUUAUGCACAUUUAUCUGAGUUUUCUAAGCCAUUUAAUGAAGUUUUUACUGUUCCUAAAGAGAUCAAAAACAACAUGAGAAUUAUAGAGAUACCUUCUAUUGAACUGUUAAGUUUGAACAUGCAUCCAAACAAGACACAAUAUCCUGAAUUUAAAUUAAAAAACAUUGGAAUAAGAAAAGCAAAAGGUGAAUACAUUAUUUCAGGAAAUUCAGAUAUUUUACCUGGUUAUCCUAUAAUUGAUCAUGUAGUACGUAGAUUGUUUUCACCAGGUUUGUAUAGAUCUCUAAGAUAUAAUGGAAAAGAACAAGUUCCAAGAGAUUUCGUAAAUUUGAGUCAGUUUUAUACUUAUCCUGAUAAUUGGCUUGCAAAUUAUGAUUACAUUGAUUACACAGCAGCAAUGAGUUCUCUUCUUACUAAAGCUAGUGGUGAUUUCCAAGGUUGUCAUAGGAAACAAUGGGAAAUAAUACAUGGUUUCUUAGAAACAGGACAAACUUUUUACGUUGAUUCUUGGUUUUUACUUGAAUUUUGCGGUUUCAAGUUUCCAACUGUUGUUAGAUCGCUUGGAUAUCAUGUUCACUUAGACCAUGUGAAAGUAUCUCAUUAUACAUCGUCAAUAGACACGAAUCAGUACUUCUGGCGCGGAAUGGUUUGCGAUGGAUGGUUUUCGAAAGAUGUUGAUUCUUACAAAAGAGAUAAAUGGGGUUUGAGACAAAGUUUCACUGUUUUGGAUCCAGAUAUUACUAAUUUCAGUGUUAAUGUGAGUGAAGGAGAGUUUAAUGUAUCAUAUACAUUCGAUAAAAUUAGGAAUGCAACAGCAACUCCGAUACCUGAAAAUAUAUCAAUUCCAAAAGUUGAAUAUUUGAAUGAUGUAAGUAAACAGAAUGAAGAAAAUUGGGAACAGUACAUAAAUAAGACUAUUUAUUGGAACCAAUCAGUUGAAACACAGGAAAACAAAACUUUUUAUGAUGAUGAAAACGAAACAAUAUAUUAA